AACAUCUGCUAGGAUUUUAUGAUUGAUACCUUUGGCUUGAUGGACGCACCGAACCUCGGAAAAUCGGCAUCUGUUUGCGCAGAACUGAAUGAAUUUAAUUACACCAUUGUUGCACCACAGUAACAGCUAACACGAACGGCAUUUAAAAAAAGAGAAUUUUGUUCAAUAUUUUGAAAACGUUGAAGUCGAGGAUGGAAUCCAACUAUUUUGGAAGGCCAAAUAGUAACCACCACAAUCGAUCGGAUAUCUCAAAAUAGUUGAUUACUUUUGGUAAAUAUAUCAACUAUUCAAAAAAGUUCGUUACAUGCCCUCCGCCAGCGCAUUUAUAAAACCAAUCCUAGAUCAAUGUAUACAGUAAUGUAUACUGUGUAUCGAAAUGCGGUUCUUUGAGCGAAACCUAACACCGGAGAAGCAACAUUUUCGCUUCGGGCUGGAGUACCUCACCCGAAUUGGUCUCUGGGGUGACCGGCGGCGGAUAUUCCGAUAUUUCAUGGCUGUCACCAUGGUACUGACUGUGUUGGUAGGUCCGAAAGCCUUUCUAGGCCCUGGAAAGGAAGGUAUGGAUUAUUUCGCACGAAACAUCGCUGAGCUGAUUUUUCUGGUGGAGAACCUGAUUUCGAUCGGAAUUUUCGCCACAAGGCGAAAGUCGCUCGAGCAGCUGGUGCGUGUGCUAGGGGAAAUCCUGAGCCGGGAGUGGCCCGAGGACAUGCAGCAGGAAAUCUAUCGCUUCAAUAAACUCAUGGAUCGACUUGGUUUGGUCUACGCUUUUUAUAUCUAUCUCUUGGUGGUCAUCUUUAUUGCCGGUCCAAUCGCGUCUACAACGUAUCAGAUGAUUUGUCUCAAGGAGGAAGAUCGCACCGACUUCAUGUUGGUGUUUGAGAUUCAGUUCUACUGGCUCAACGUCCGUCACGACGUAUGGCAUUAUUCGGUGUUCAUCAUCUUCUGCACGUUGGCCGUUUGUUGUUCAGCCUAUCAAAAUAUAAUCAAGGGAGCGGUGUUCUUCGUAGCGAUCCAGUACGGAUCGAAAAUAUUCGGACUGUUGGCCAGAAGAAUCGCUAUGACGGCAAAAAUGCCAAAAGUUGAGGACCGGCACGACGAACUCCGCGAAAUAAUAGAGCUGCAUAAACUUAUACUGGAGUAUACAGAACACCUCGAAUCUAUGAUCUGCUUCAUUCUGCUGAACCAGCUGCUCAAUUGCAUUCUUAUUUGGUGCCUCAUGAUGUUCUACAUCUCAAAUAAUUUCGGAGCAAAUGCAGUAAACGUGAUAACAUUGUUCUUGGUAUUGAUGAGUGAACUAGUUAUUUACUGUGUCAAUGGAGAGAUUCUUAGUGAAAGGGCAUCCCAGAUAGCGGAAGCGAUGUAUUCCUACCCUUGGUACGAGGAUCCAAUCUUGCUGCAGAGGACCGCUCUUCUGGUGAUUGAGAGAGCGCAAAAAACUACGGGAAUAACCGCGGCCAAAUUCUACUUCGUCAAUCUUGAGCGGCUGAUAGCGGUAGUGCAGGCGUCCUAUUCGUACUAUUUGAUCUUGAAAGACAAUUUAUGAAUGCACAACACGAAUAAUAGCACGCAUCGCUUUGAACACAGUUUUGUAAUUGCUCUAGUUUUUUGGAGUUUUCACUGAAGAAAAAAAUCAUGCUUUGAAAUUUUAAUUCACAUUGUCACAGCUG